UUUUGUAGAUGAUACGGAGUAGGAGAGGUCGAAUGCAGAGAUGGCCGAGCUCAAUAGACAGAAUAGGAGGAAGGAUAAUCCGAACAAGUAUUCAUUAAGUGUGGGGGAGGGAGAGGAGGUGGAGAGGUUAGAGAUGAGGGGUAUGGAGGUAAUGGACAUUAUGCACCUCACUAGCCCAGAGGUGCUGGAAGCAGCCGAGAUCUAUAGGCCGAGCUCAUUGAGCGGAGGUUGGUUUUGGGGGUUAAAACACGGGAAGUGGAAGGAGUCCCAUAUCCCCAGGCAGAAGUCAAGCUUCUUCGAGAGCACGAGCAAGACUACUGCCAAGCGUUUUAUCAAAUCCACUUUUCCUAAGAUAGACCUCAAAAGGGCCACAGAUGAGAUGGAGCAAAAUGGCACUUCUGGCAUUCCGCGCCACAUUCUCGAGACGGCAAACCUCGUGAAUGGCUUAGUAAUGGAAUAUUACAACUGUCUCAAAGAGAGGAAUAGCUUGGCUAACAGAAAUGACAAGCUCAUCUGGCAAAAGGAGUCAGCCGAGCAAAACUUCAAUGACUUAACCUUGGAGCUCGAGAAGGUUAAGGAGGAGUUAACUUCUGCCAUAGGCAUUGGUAUAGACCCUAUACUGACGAUGUUUAUAUCGACUGAAAGUUUUUCCGUCGGAAUAGUCCCUGGGGGUCUAUACCAACAGAAAAUGGGUCUAUACAGAUGGAAAACUUUCGUCAGUAUAGGUACAUCUCCUUGUAGUGUGAGCAACUAUUUCGGGCGAAUCUUGACUUCUUGGAUGAAGUCCAUGAAGAAGCUCGACUUCAAAUACUAUUUUACAUUGUCCACUACCUCAACAUCUCUCGGCACCUUGACCUCAUCCUCGUCAAUGGCAAUGGACUCAUACUUAAGCUUUGAAGGGAAGAUAGUCCACCCAGCUUUGUCUUGUUCCCAUUUCAAAGUUACCUCAAGGCGGAACUCGGUAGUCUUACUUUCCCAUCCUCCUCCACCCCUUCCUCCUAAGUUAGUCACCACCUUAGGCUUCUUCUCCUCUUCCAAGAGGUCUUGUAACCUAUCGCCUCAUAAACAAUUCCCUCUCUCACAUCAAAACACUUCAGCCUUUCAUCAUCAACCUCCAAAAUAUUUGAGGGGAUGUCUACCUCCUCCUCUUCCUUCUUCUUCAGGUUCCGAUUUGGGGGUUCCAGGUUCUGAACUGGCUCCUCGACAGCUGGAGAAAUCUUCUCAGAAGGAGACAGCGAAUGUUGCUCAGCUUAUGGCUAAAGGAAUUUUUGAAGACCUGGCACAGAAGUCACUUAAUGGUAUCCUAAAGGAUUAUAAACUUGCAAAAAAUCUUCUUAAUGCUGGCAUUUGCCUUCUUGGCGAAGGAAAUAUUAUUGCAAUGACUGCUGCAUUGAAGAAAUAUCAGCGUGCUUUCAUUUAUUUUGGGAAAGCAGAUGUUGCAACCUUCACAUCUGCAGUAAAGGAAUAUUCUAAGCUGACUGAUCUGGAGGAAUGGAGAAUAAAUUUGUUCAAAAGGGUGGAGGACAAGCUUAGGGCCAGAGAGAUGGAGCUGAAGGCCAGAGAGAUGGAGCUGAAGGCCAGAGAGAUGGAGCUGGAGCUGAAGUCCAGAGAGAUGGAGUCUUAUUACAUUACAGGAGCCUGAUAUUUUUGUCAACCCUGUCUGCCAUGCAGUCUUCGUCCAAAAUUACCCUGCCGAUAAUUGUAGUGAAUAUUGGACCGUUCAUAUCUUCCCAUUUUGCCAUUGAAAUAAAAGAUAUGGAACUCC